CGUGUGGGACAUCCCAGAGUAUAAAAUGAGCGACUCCUCUCCACAGCAGAUACAACAGUCCCAGGAGGAGAGUCGGUCCUCAGCUCUACCUGAAAGCAAGCAACAGAGAUACCUCAGCUGAUGAGGCCAAGCUAAAGGCUUCUGCUCCAAACAAACUACUGAAGACUUUUUUUGUCUUUUCUUUCUCUCUCGAUCAGCUCGCUCUCCCUCCAGACUCCUCCACUAUGCCUCCUCAGAUCCAGUCCCAGAACCAGAGUGGUCCCAGGGUCCUGCAGGGCGACAUCAGCGCCCUCAGCCCGGCCGUCAGGGAGUUUGUGGAGGCCAACGUGACACUGUGCCAGCCUGACUCCAUCCACAUUUGCGACGGCUCUGAUGAGGAGAACCGGGCUAUCCUGACCCAGCUGGAAGAGCAGGGGAUGAUCAAGAAGCUCACCAAAUAUGAGAACUGCUGGUUGGCCAGGACCGACCCAAGGGAUGUGGCUCGAGUGGAGAGCAAGACGGUGAUUGUCACCGAGGCCCAGAAGGACACGGUGCCCACACCGGUGGGAGGUGGAGUCAGCCAGCUGGGUCGCUGGAUGUUGCCGGAAGAGUUCGAGAAAGCCAUGACCCAACGCUUCCCCGGCUGCAUGAAAGGUCGUACCAUGUAUGUGAUCCCUUACAGCAUGGGUCCGGUGGGCUCCCCGCUCUCUAAGAUCGGGGUGGAGCUGACCGACUCCCCCUACGUUGUGGCCAGUAUGAGGGUGAUGACCCGUAUGGGGAAGUCUGUGCUGUCUGCGCUGGGAACCGGAGAGUUUGUCCGCUGUCUGCACUCCGUUGGUUGUCCUCUGCCCCUUAAAAAGCCCCUGGUGAAUAACUGGCCCUGCAACCCCGAGCAGACGUUGAUCGCCCACAUCCCAGACCGCAGACAAAUUGUCUCAUUCGGGAGUGGUUAUGGAGGAAAUUCCCUGCUGGGAAAGAAGUGCUUCGCCCUGCGAAUCGCCUCACGCAUUGCCAAGGAGGAGGGCUGGCUGGCCGAGCAUAUGCUGAUCCUCGGUGUCACCAACCCUGCUGGGGAGAAGAAGUACAUGGCAGCAGCCUUCCCCAGCGCCUGUGGGAAAACAAACCUGGCCAUGCUCUGCCCGACACUGCCUGGCUGGAAGGUCGAGUGUGUUGGAGACGACAUCGCCUGGAUGAAGUUUGAUAACCAAGGCAACCUCCGUGCCAUCAACCCCGAGAAUGGCUUUUUCGGUGUAGCACCUGGCACCUCGGCCAAAACCAACCCCAACGCCAUGGCGACCAUCGUCAAGAACACCGUCUUCACCAACGUUGCAGAGACCAGUGACGGUGGAGUUUACUGGGAGGGAAUGGAUCAGUCCCUGCCCGAGGGAGUCACCGUCACAUCCUGGAAGAACAAAGCCUGGAGCUCAGAGGAUGGUGAACCCUGUGCUCAUCCCAACUCUCGCUUCUGCACUCCGGCCGGACAGUGCCCUAUCAUCGACCCCCUGUGGGAAUCCCCAGAGGGAGUCCCAAUCGAGGCCAUCAUUUUCGGAGGGCGCAGGCCAGAAGGUGUGCCGCUGGUGUACGAAGCCUUCAACUGGCAGCACGGAGUGUUUGUUGGAGCAGCCAUGAGGUCCGAGGCCACUGCUGCAGCUGAACACAAAGGCAAAGUAAUCAUGCACGACCCCUUCGCCAUGCGGCCCUUCUUCGGCUACAACUUUGGCCAGUACCUCUCCCACUGGCUGAGCAUGGCCGAUCGGCCCGGCGCCAAACUCCCCAAGAUCUUCCACGUCAACUGGUUCCGUAAGAGCCCCACUGCUGGCUUUCUUUGGCCUGGUUUUGGCGACAACAUCCGCGUCUUGGACUGGAUGUUCAGGCGGUUGAACGGCGAGGCCGGCGCCAUGCCCUCCGCCGUGGGAUACCUGCCCUGCCACAACUCCCUGAACCUCCAGGGCCUGCAGGGCAAAGUGGACCUGGACGAGCUGUUCUCCUUGGACCAGGAGUUCUGGCAGCAGGAGGUGCAGGAUGUGAGGAAGUACUUCGCCACGCAGGUGAACGACGACCUGCCCAACGAGGUGGCCAGGCAGCUGGACCUCCUGCAGCAGAGGGUGAAGCAGAUGUAAAGAGGAAAGAGACAAGCGAGAGGGAAGAACCCCGUGUUAGUUAUUCUGAACGGCCAUGUUGGUAAUUCAUCUUAGUCUGAAAGUCUGUAAUUCUACACACUUUCUUAAAUAGUCCUAAGUAGAUUUCUGCCUUUGAGACUUUCUAAAAGAGGAACACUUCUCAUAAUUUUUUCCACUUUAUAUUUUCUUAAAUUGCUCUGUAGCUAGAAAUUCUGUCCUGUUUUCAGAUUGUUCUUUUGAAAAAGCCUUUGUUAAAAUAAUUUCCCAGGGAUGUUUAGAUGAAUUGUAUGAAUACUAGAAUUAACAAACAUUCCAUAUAACAAACAAGACUCAUGAUUCCACUCAAGACAGCUGAAUUCAGUAGGAAAUGUUUAAUUUCCAUCCGUCUUAAUGUUGUUGUAGCAGCACUAUUUAUAAAAUUGUUGUUCUGAUGUGUUGUCCUAUUGUACGUCUGAGGUCUACUAUUUAAUGAUAACUUAUUAUGAAUGCACAUCAUACUGUCAUUGCCAUAUAAAUUUACAUGGCACAAAAAGAAAGUUCAUGUCCAGUAUUGUGUUACCCUUCUAACAAAAGGAGAAAUGUUUGUGUUCUGUUCCUGUUGUUUUUUGACUUAAUUUAUUUUUAUACUAUGUUAGUAUCUCUUGGUUCUGUUUUAUUUUGAUCUUAUGCCCCAAAAGAGGGAAACAGCAAUAAAAGUAUUUAAACUUA